CCCGCCCCGUCUCCAUUCUCCGCCAGCAUUCGCCUGCCUCCUGCGCGAAUUCACGCAGCUCUCCAGAUAAUGCGUGUUUUACUCCAACCCCGACCCCCUCCCGCCAGCGGUGCCAACCCUACGACCUCGUAACAGUGCCUUGAAGAGGAAGAGGUUGAUUAGCAAAACAGUCAGCUACUUAACUGUUGACUGAGCACUUACUUGCUUAGUACCAAGUGCUAGGCCCUGCGCAUGCGUUGCCUCCUUGAAUCCUAUCAACCACCCAUGAGCUAAGUACUAUUGGAUCGUCUCCUUUUGUGGAAAAGGAUAACAAUGAGAACAAUAAUCGUAAUGAGAGUCCCGGGUAUUGAAUUUUUUCCAAGCGCAGGCACCCUCACUACCAAUUUUUUUCUUUUUAACUUGUUAAUUCUUGACCUAGACUUCAAUGUCCCAUAUUUCAGAUGAGGAAACUGAGGUCCAAGGCCAUACAAUUAAGUGAGUGGCAGAGGCAGAAACAACACCUACGUUUUCCUCAUCUUAUAGCACCUUCCGAGAAUUCUGGGAGCCUCCUGGAGGCGUCCUUGCUGCUCCCCGGGGGACCCCUGCACUUUUCCCCCGCUGCAGCCUUCCUGCUCUGCCUGCCCGCAGGCUGCUCUGUGGCUCAUCAACCCGACCUUGAACCGCAGGUGCUGCGCCAGCACAGGGCAGGAUGGCCGGCGUGGAGCAGCACGAGGGCACCGUCCAGGUGCAGGGCCAGAGCCUGUUCUUCCGGGAGGCGCGGCCGGCCGGUGGGCAGGCUGCCCGCUUCUCCGUGCUGUUGCUGCACGGCAUCCGCUUCUCCUCCGAGACCUGGCAGAACUUGGGCACGCUGCACAGGCUGGCCCAGGCCGGCUACCGCGCUGUGGCCAUUGACCUGCCAGGUCUGGGGCGCUCCAAGGAAGCAGCAGCCCCUGCCCCUGUCGGGGAGCUGGCCCCCAGCAGCUUCCUGGCAGCUGUGGUGGACGCCUUGGACCUGGGCCCCCCCGUUGUGAUCAGCCCGUCACUGAGUGGCAUGUACUCCCUGCCCUUCCUCACCGCCCCUGGCUCCCAGGUCCGGGGCUAUGUGCCAGUGGCUCCCAUCUGCACUGACAAGAUCAAUGCUGCUAACUAUGCCAGUGUGAAGACCUCGACCCUUAUUGUAUAUGGAGACCAGGACCCCAUGGGUCAGACCAGCUUUGAGCACCUGAAGCAGCUGCCCAACCACCGGGUGUUGGUCAUGGAGGGGGCGGGACACCCUUGUUACCUUGACAAACCUGAGGAGUGGCAUACAGGGCUGCUGGAUUUCCUGCAGGGGCUAGCCUGAGGCCCAGCCCUGCUGGUGGGGGUGGGCUGCUUGCCUGCCUGGGGCCCUCUCCCUCUCCAUGGGCUCCUGCUCAUCGCACACGUGCAACAGGUGUGGCUGUCUGGGUGCUUGUCUUAGGGGGUCUGUCUGUCUUCUUUCUCUUGCAGUGACACACUGAGGUGAAAUCAAGAGCAAAAAAUUCAGGAGCCAAGGGACUUGGUCUUGUGGAGGGUAACCCUUCAGACGAGCUUCUGCUGUGGGACUUCUUGCUCUGCCUGUUCUCUGCUGUCCUCUGCUCUGCCCAGCCUCCGCCUCCUGGCUCCCACCGCCUCCGCUGCCCCGCCUCUUAGGCCUCAGAUACAUGCAUGCUUACACACGUUCCACACGUUCCCAGAAGUGACCCGCUAUGUGGGUCCCUCUACCUCUGCCUGACAUGCACAAUCAGGUGCAGCUUUGCUUUGCGUGCAGACACACACGCAUACUUGUGCUUCCACACUAUGCAGCACCCCACUCUCUGGGAAGGUGGGGACCCCAGGGGACAGGCCUCGCAGGAGAUCCUCUGCCAGGCUUAGGGUGUGGCCUGCUGCCUUCCAUUCACCCACAGGUUGCAGCUGACUUCAGAUAAAGAGUUAUCCCCCAAAAGGAGAGGACCACUCUCUUGACCCUCAGAUCUCCCCGCUUUCCCCGCUCCUUCUGGAGGCUCCACACCUCCGCGGGUUAUUAGGCCUGGGUCUUCUUGGCCAAAGCUUGUUUCGUGCUCUGAGCUUUGGGGGAGGAGAGUGGAGGUCGGUGAAAUAAAGCGAUGCAAUUAGA